AUGCAGCAGCAGCAGGACAAGCAGCAGGAGCUCGAGCAGCGCGCGCUGCGGCCGGACGACGCGCCGCAGGAGCCGACCCCGGUCGUCGAGGAGGAGCCGAAGAGCGCCGUCGCAGCGCCCGCGUGCGCCCAGGACGUGGCCGCGUUCUGCCAGAAGGAGGCCAACAUCGCGGCGCUGCUGCGCGAGGCGCCCGACGUGGUCGAGCCGCGCAAGAUCGUCGAGGCCGUGCGCAAGGUGCGCGUGUGCAUGCUCUCGCACGCGGACGUGCUGUCCGUCGACUGCGUGAACACGCUGUCGGUCGACGUGCUGGGCGCGGCCCCCACGAUGGCUGCGUCCGUGCCCGCCAAGAAGGUCGCGGAGCUGGACAACGCGGACGGCACGGGAGGGCCGUCGUCCGCGAUCUCGGAGGUGCUGGCACACCCGGUCACGUGGGUCUUCGUGCUGCCGUUCUUCGUGAUCGGAAUGUACGUGAGCGUCACGAGGAUCGCGACGUUCCUGCGCCGCCGACGCGAGGAGCGCCGCAUCGAGAGCAAGCAGUACAUGCCCGUGAAUUGA